AGCCAUUGGGCUCACGGCCGCAAGUGGUUCGUCCGCAGUGCUGCGGCUGCUUCGGCUCAGCCCGUGAUCGGAGGGCCCUCGGCGAUGGCGCGGGAUGCCGUGCAGGGCGCCGCCGCGGCGUGGGACGCUGCGGACAAGCUGGUGACGCGCCUAAUUCGGGAGGUCGAGGCGCUGAAGAAAGGGGUGGAUGUGGCAGAACGGGGCAUCGAGGUCAUGGUCGGCGAUGCGGAGGUGGCUAUGCGGGUGUGCGCGCUGGUGCCCGCGCUGACGGACCUCGUGUCGGGCCGCCCGCCCAAGUGGAUAGAUCGGAUUCGUCGUAACGUUAACCUACACGCCGAUGCCAAGGAUGUCGAUUUCGGGCAUGCAAGCGGCCGUGAACUACGUAGUGUCCAAGGUGGGUUUCGCUUGGAAGCGCGGCUGGCGCGGGGUUUCCAGAUUUCUGCGGGCGCGCCAGUUUUUGCCCCGGGCCUAGAAAGCCGGGCGGAAGAUGGGGAGGCAGCUGCGAUCUCGUCGUCGGGUGCGCCGUCCUUCAGCCCGGCAGCGAACCACCUCACGGGGAAGUUCGGCCUGGGUUGCACGUGCGGGGCGAGGGUUCCCUUCACCAGUCGGGCAGAGAGAGAACUUGGCGCGUUCGAGCCCAGGCUGGUGGCGCGUUCGGUCAGACAUCGCACGCAAGUGGAUUCGCGGUGGCCGUGGCGAGGAGCUGAAGGAUUGCGGGUCAAGCCAUCGGUGCGCGCCCGUCGACGGUGUCUCCGCCGCCGAUGCCGAGUUCUGCACGCUCGCUGCCACCGAGGAGUUCGGCGCCAAGGCGGCCCGAGUCUUUGAGGGGUACGCCCCCGAAGCAGCAGGCGGCGGCGGCUGCGGACAGCCCCCCUCUGAUGGGGUGCCCCCCCCCUCUGAGGAAGGCGUUGAGGGUGAGCAGGCGACCGCGGCUGGGCGCCCGCCCCGCUGCCUUUCCUGUCCCUCAUCUUCGGCGCGGGGCUGCUCAUGCCGAUCGCGCGGCAAUCCAGGUUCGCCCGGGCGGUGUUCGCGCUUGAUGGCGAGGGGCCCGAUACCUGCAUGCACGAUGGUAUUGGCUGCGUCGUGGAUUGGGCCGUGCCCGAGGAUGCGGAAUUCGGAGGGCUGGGUCUUCACCAGCCCGAGCCGCCUCAUCGUUGAGCAGUUUUUUUUAAGGCUGUUCGAGCGCAGUCGCGCGAUGAGCGAUUCGGAGUCUGCGAAUCUCGAGCCGACGUCCGUGCACCCCGACGGCGGCGCGAGCUUGGAGGACGUCGUCCUCCAGAACAAGGCCGGGGGCAUCGCCCUCGAGUCGGUGCGCGACUUCAUGGGGGGCGCCCGGUUCAGACGGGCCUUUUUCUUGAAGGGCGUGUACCUCUUCCGGGUGGAUGGCGGGGUCGGCGACCCCUGAGUGACUGGCCUCUCGCCGGUUCUGCCUCGGACCUUGGCUGGCGCCCCUCGGCGUGUUCUUGGGAAGUGCGCCGCAGACUUGGGUUCGUGCUGUCGCGCGAAUCCGAGUCCUGAGGACCUCUUCGAUGAUGCUCCG